CAGUGAUAGUGCACAGUGUGUACCGCCUUGGAUGAUUACAUGUGCCUCAGGACAGGUCAAGAGUGAUAUAUUUCCUUUUCGUGUUGAGUGUGACGUUUGUACUGGGCGUUCCGCGCGGUGGAUACUGUUAAGAGUUCCGGAACAUUUCCGUCGCUGACGCCGGUUCGCACAGGAGUUAGAAUAUGAAAACCACCAGAUAACACAACUAAACUAUCGGACAUGGCGAGCCACAUUCUGCGGACUUCUAUCAUCUUUUUCAUCGUCAUCAGUAUCGGAUACGUAUCUGGUCAGACGUAUAAGAACUGCCAGGCGUACAAAGAUGACGGCUUCACGACGAACGGCCGCUACACCAUAGACAUAGACGACACGGGGAGCCUGACGUCAUUCAUCGUGUACUGUGACUUCACGUCCAGUUCCACGGCCGUCACCAUCAUGAACCAUGACAGCGAGACACGGACACAGAUCACGGGCUUCGACAACGCAGGUGAGUAUAUCGACUCCAUCGCGUACGAGGUGUCCAUGACUCAGAUCGCCGCUGUAGUCUCGGACUCGGCCUCCUGUCAGCAGCACCUCAAGUACGAGUGUAUGCACAGCGCCCUGGGAUUAUCAGAUAGCAACCCGUACGCGUGGUGGGUAGACCGGUCCGGCGCACAGCAGACAUACUGGGGAGGGGCCACGGGACUGGACGGCAAGUGCGCAUGCGGGGUGGACGGCACCUGCGCCAGCGACCUGACGACGUCAGCGACGCUCACCUGUAACUGUGACGCGAAUGACGCAACAUGGAGAAUUGACGAGGGUUACCUGACGGACAAGUCCGUCCUGCCCGUGACCAUGCUGAGGUUCGGGGAUACAGGACAGUCCGCGGAGGAGGGGUACGUCACACUCGGCCCGCUGCUCUGUUAUGCAGGCGAGUCCACCACCAUUCCUCCCGUCACAGCCACGCCCACCCCCUGGGUCCAGACGGCGGCGGGCAUAACUGUCAUCAUCAUCUGUAUCCUCAUCUUCAUCGGGAUAGUCAUCAUGCUGAACUUCUGUCUAUGCGCCCCCUGGUGGCGCGGCGUGUGUACCCGCUACUGCGGCUGCUGUAAGUGCUGUGACUGCUGUCUCUGCUGUGACGGGCCCUCAGUGCAGAAGGUGCAGGUUGAACCUACGAAAAAGCUGACCAAAAGUGUUUCCUUUGUGAACGAGAAGCCGAAGCCAGCACCAGCAAUAACAUACCCCAAACAGAAGGCACCGACUCAAGAUACGACCUAG